UCACUCCUAGAGAGAGAGAGAAGAGAGAGAGAGAGAGAAGGGAGAAUGCUAUAAAUCGCAUAACGGCGAAUUCCGCGCUCCGCCAAUCGCUCUCCUCUCCUGUCAUUUUCUCUCUCUAAACGCCACAGGAAGAAGGAAAAAGGGCUCUGUUUCCAAACCCUAGCGUUUCUAUGCUUCCGCUGCGAACAUCAACUUAGAUUUGUGUUGGAGGGAUCAGAUCUGCAGCAAUGGCAUUGGAAUCAGCUAUGUUGAUGGCGAUUGGUGGAUUUUGCUGAGAGUUUAGGGGCUUUCUUUGGUGGCGAUUUUGUGGAAUCUUAAGCGAAGGGAGCCUAGAUGGUUAAAAUCUGUUCAGCAUACAGUAUUUUGCUUCAAAUGCGUUCUGGCAGGAUUUUUUUAUGACUCCUGAAAGGCCCUUGCUGCACUCACCUCAAAUUGAAGCCAAAUUUUCUCCAUUGCUGCAGUCUUGCUCAGGCAAGGGUUUUUCAGUUAGAGAUAAGGAUUUAUCUCUGUUACAUAUUGGGGAUUCUGGGGAUUCUGACGUAACAAGUAUAACGGAGCAGUUUCAUUCCGCAGAUUCUCACUUCUUUGAUCAAAUUGUUCUGGAAUGCUCUCCUCAAGAGUCAAGUCACCUUGUUUCCUGGAAUGCCAUGGAACGCCAGCAAAUUCCAUCAUCUCUGGAAAUUUCUUCGUCUGUCGAGGGACUUGAAAAGGGAAGCAAAUCACAUAGAAUUCGUCACAAAAGCGUUCAGUUUGAUGACCUAUUUCCAUCCGAGGACAACACUAGGUUGAUAUACAUUAAUGAUCCAAGAAAGACUAAUGAGAAAUAUGAGUUCAGUGGGAAUGAGAUUCGUACCAGUAAAUAUACUUUUAUUACAUUCUUACCUAAAAACCUGUUCAUCCAAUUUCACAGAGUAGCUUAUCUGUAUUUUUUAGCCAUUGCCGGUCUAAAUCAGCUUCCUCCCCUGGCAGUUUUUGGUAGAACUGUUUCUCUCUUCCCCCUUCUAUUUGUACUCUGUGUGACAGCUAUGAAAGAUGGCUAUGAAGACUGGAGGAGGCACAGAUCUGAUAGAAAUGAGAACAGCCGUGAUGCUCAAGUUUACCAAUUUGGACAAUUUAGGAUAAAGAAAUGGAAGAACAUACAUGCUGGAGAGGUGGUGAAAAUUUUCUGUGAUGAAACCAUUCCUUGUGACAUGGUUUUGUUAGGGACAAGUGAUCCAAAUGGUGUAGCUUUUGUCCAGACAAUGAAUUUGGAUGGUGAGUCGAAUCUAAAGACAAGAUAUGCACGUCUGGAAACUACUCCCAUGUGUGCUGAAGUAGGUUCUUAUUCAGGGAUAAUCAGGUGUGAACAGCCUAAUAAGAAUAUUUAUGAAUUCACAGCCAACAUGGAGUACAAUGGACACAAGAUUUCACUCGGCCCAUCAAACAUUAUUUUGAGGGGCUGCCAGGUUAAGAACACCACCUGGAUUAUUGGGGUUGUUGUGUAUGCUGGACAGGAAACAAAAGCAAUGUUGAACAGCGCCAUCUCACCUUCAAAAAGGAGCAAACUUGAAAGCUAUAUGAACAGGGAAACGCUUUGGUUGUCCAUUUUUCUUUUUGCCAUGUGUGCAGUGGUGGCAUUAGGUAUGGGAUUAUGGCUUAAAGAUCAUGAGCCUCAGCUUGACUCACUCCCUUACUAUCGAAGGAGAUACAUCACUAAUGGGAGAGAAAAUGGAAAAUAUUUUAAGUUUUAUGGAAUCCCUAUGGAAAUAUUUUUUUCCUUUUUAAGUUCUGUCAUAGUCUUCCAAAUAAUGAUACCAAUUUCUCUCUAUAUCACAAUGGAGCUUGUUCGGUUGGGACAGUCUUAUUUCAUGAUUGAAGAUGCACAGAUGUAUGAUGGUAAUUCAGGCUCUAGGUUUCAAUGCAGAUCGUUGAACAUUAAUGAGGAUUUGGGUCAAAUAAGAUACAUAUUUUCUGACAAGACGGGUACUUUGACCGAGAAUAAGAUGGAAUUCCAAAGGGCUAGUGUUUAUGGAAGGGAUUAUGGAACCUCUUUAAAGGGAACUGGGAAUCUAAUGAUGGGUGAACGCAGUUCUGAUGUGUUACGACAUAAGAAAUGGAAGCUGAAAUCAGAAAUUAAUCUUGACACUGAACUUGUGGAAUUAUUACACGGCGACGUACCUGGAAUGGAAAGAACUGCUGCUCGUGAAUUUUUUCUUACAUUGGCAGCUUGUAAUACUGUCAUUCCAAUAACUUCGAGUCUGUCAUCCAAUUCUGUUGAUCUAGCAUGUGAUGAAGAUGUGUCUAUUGAGUACCAGGGUGAGUCUCCUGAUGAACAAGCUCUAGUUGCCGCUGCAUCUGCUUAUGGAUUUACUCUCAUUGAACGCACAACUGGCCACAUUGUUAUUGAUGUGAAUGGUGAGAUGCUUAGGUUAGAUGUACUUGGCCUUCAUGAGUUCGAUAGUGUGCGAAAGAGAAUGUCCGUGGUGAUCAGGUUUCCUGACAAUGCCAUCAAGGUUCUGGUAAAGGGUGCUGAUACUUCAGUGUUAAGCAUUCUCAACCAUCAGAUUGACAAUGGUAGUUGUGAAACUGAGUCUGCAAGAAUAAAAAACAUGACUGAGAAUCACUUGAAUAACUAUUCCUUGCAAGGCUUACGUACCCUCGUGGUUGCUGCAAGGGAUCUUAGUGGUGCUGAACUGGAGGAGUGGCAGGCGAAAUAUGAGGAAGCCAGUACUUCUUUAACUGAGAGAGCAAACAAGCUUCGACAAGCAGCUGCUCUGAUAGAAUGCCAAUUAAAUCUCCUUGGAGCUACUGGGAUCGAAGACAAAUUGCAGGAGGGUGUGCCUGAGACCAUAGAAUCCCUUCGACAAGCUGGUAUCAAAGUUUGGGUCCUUACUGGCGACAAACAAGAGACUGCAAUCUCUAUUGCCCUUUCUUGCAGGCUCCUGACUGAUGACAUGCACCAAAUUAUCAUCAAUGGAACUUCAGAAGAAGAUUGCAGGCUUCUUUUGGCUAAUGCAAAGGCGAAGCAUGGAGUGAAACCAUUGAUUUACACUGAGGGAAGCAAGAAGCUAAAAGAGGGUGAAUUUAUUGGUUCUAUGGAGAAAGUAGUAGGCUCUGGAAAUCCUUCACUCGCACUUAUUAUCGAUGGAAACAGUCUUGUUUACAUCUUGGAGAAAGAACUCGAACCAGAUCUUUUUGAACUGGCAACAUCCUGUAGGGUUGUGCUUUGCUGUCGAGUUGCGCCAUUGCAAAAAGCUGGAAUUGUGGAUCUUAUCAAGAGCAGGUCAAAUGACAUGACCUUGGCCAUUGGUGAUGGAGCAAAUGAUGUUUCCAUGAUUCAAAUGGCCGAUGUUGGUGUUGGGAUAUGUGGUCAAGAAGGUCGUCAAGCGGUAAUGGCAUCGGAUUUCGCUAUGGGACAGUUUCGAUUCCUCAAAAGAUUGCUUCUUGUGCACGGUCACUGGAACUAUCAGCGUGUCGGUUACUUGGUUCUUUACAACUUCUACAGAAAUGCUGUUUUCGUGCUAAUGUUGUUCUGGUAUAUCUUACAAACUGCAUUUUCCACAACUUCUGCAUUAACAGACUGGAGUAGUGUAUUUUAUUCUGUUAUUUACACAUCAGUGCCAACAAUUGUUGUGGGUAUUUUGGACAAGGACCUAAGUCACAAAACACUUCUUCUAUAUCCGAAACUUUAUUGUUCGGGACAUCGACACGAGAGCUAUAAUUUGCAUCUUUUUUGGAUCACAAUGCUGGAUACACUGUGGCAAAGUCUUGUUCUAUUCUAUGUGCCUUUCUUCGCCUACAGAUAUAGUACCAUAGACAUAUGGAGCUUGGGUAGUCUGUGGACUAUUGCAGUAGUUGUCCUUGUCAACAUUCACUUGGCCAUGGAUAUACGGCGGUGGGUUUUGAUAACUCAUUUGGCAACAUGGGGAUCAAUUGUUGUUGCUUGUUUGUGCAUGGUAGCAUUAGAUUCCAUACCAAGUUUUCCCAACUACUGGACGAUAUACCAUUUAAUCAGCUCAAGGACGUAUUGGCUUGCUAUUCUACUGAUAACUGUUUUAGCAUUACUACCUCGAUUUGCAUGUAAAGUUAUUUGGCAGACAUUUUGGCCUUCUGACAUUCAAAUAGCAAGAGAAGCUGCGAUAAUGGGGAAAUUUCCAAACAGUUUUGGGUUAAAGCUUGAGCAGGAUGUCAGAUAACAAUGAUGAAUCAGUUGAGAUUUUUAUUGCAUCCAUCAUGGAUAGGUAUCUAUGCCUUGUAAAGUUGGUUUCACAAUCUUCCUUGGUUGAUAUUUACCUUCACUAUGUCAACCAAAACGUCACAGGACUUCUUUUGUCUGGACAUCUGCCCUGAGAAGUGUUGUGGGUGCUGCUUGAUCGCAUCAAAUUUGUAUAGAUUUUGAUUUUGGGAGGGGGCUUUUUUGUAAAGAGCUGGUCUGUAACUUCCAAAAAUUAGGGUUGGUACAGAGUUCCCUUUUUUCUCUCUUUUUUUUAUGGUGCUAUUUUUUUUUUUUUCUUUAUCAGAAUAAAAAUUAUC